AUGGAGUUUCUAGGCACCACGCAGACGGCCAGCUACUGCCGGCCCCGCAAACCCCACUGUACCAUCGGUCUGGCUCCUAGGGCCGCCCUGCCGCUGCUGCAGACAGGCACGGCGCCCACGGUGACCCAGGAGUGCUACCAGCCCUUCCACCUGCCCGGGCACCGCCACCCCGACGCCUGGAGGCCCCGUGUCCUGUGCAGGAUCCCCAAGGCGCAGCGCUGCCCCGAGGAGUGCCAGGGCCCCCGGCCACUGCAGACGAGCCUGCCUAUGCUCCGGUCCACGCUCUUCAGCCGCUGUGACUCCAAGGACUGGGAGAAAGCCAGCGAGCUGCAGCUUCGCAGCACCGAAGCCUCUCGCCUCUGGGCAGGCCGCAUGCUGGGCGACUCGAGCCGGCUCCUGCAAGACAAGGAGCAGCUGACCCGCCAGACACAGGAGGGCACUACCCGCAACCUGGGCCAGAGGCUGGCAGACAUCGGCUUCUGGAAGGCCGAGCUGACCCACGAGCUAGAGAGGCUCCUGCAUGAGAUCCAUAGCGUGGAGAGCACACGCAGGCGGCUGGAGAGAGCGGCACAGGAGAUGAACUGCCCGCUCCAGGUGGCCCUGGAGUGUCUGUACCAUCGAGAGAAAAGGAUCGAGAUGGAUCUGGUCCAUGACAAUGUGGAGAAGAACCUUAUCAAGGAAGUAGAUUUGCUCAAGGAUUGCCAAGAACAAAUGCGAAAACUGGCGCAAAGGGUCGAUAUUCAACUACGGGACAAUCAAGCUGCUCAGCGUGCUCUGGAGAAGGACAUCGAGGACAAGCAGUCAGCCCAGUGCAUCGAUGAGAGAUGCUUCAACCUGAGGAACACCGCGGACUGCAUCAAUUUCUCCCAUAACCUGGAGAAAAUGAACGGCACGCUCUCCCUGCCCGAGGCGUGGGCCAAGUUCAGCAACGACAACAUCAGGCACGCGCAGAACAUGCGGGCCAACUCGAUCCGGUUGCGCGAGGAGGCUGAGAACCUCUUUGAGACCUUGGUGGACCAGCUGUGGAAGCAGUUCACGGACACCAACCUGGCCUUCAGUGCCCGCAUUGCCCAGGUGACCGACACCAAGAACCAGCUGCAGGUGCAGCUGGCCAAGACACUGCAGGAGAUCUUCCAGGCGGAGAACACGGCGCUGCUGCUGGAACGAGCCAUCCAGACCAAGGAGACACCACUGAGGGUGGCACAGACCCGACUGGAGUGUCGCAGUCAGCGCCCCGAUACAGAACAGUGUCGGGAUGUGCCCCAGUGCAGGCUUCUGCAUGAGGUCUCCACCAUCGACGACUCACUACAGACCUUGCACAUGAGGCUGCGUGAGACUCAGGAUUCACUGCAGCUGCUGCUGCUCACCAAGUCGAGGCUGGAGCAUGAGCUGGCAGUCAAGGCCAACACGUUGUGCAUCGACAAAGAGCGGUGCCUGGGCCUGCGCAGGGCCUUCCCCAGCACCCCACGCCUCAUGGGCUAUGCCUGA